UUGAGUCCCAGGGAUCGCAGAGCCGGAGCCGACGGGCAGCCGCUCGGCCUCUGGGGUUCACACUUCUGCGCCACGGGGAGCCUAAGGCCACCCGCAUGACUCCCGGGGGAACCCACUGAGCGCCGGGUCACGGCGCCGAGGGCGACACCAUGGCCUUGGAGCAGGCGCUGCAGGCGGCACGCCGGGGCGACCUGGACGUGCUGAAGUCCUUGCACGCCGCCGGCCUGUUGGUUCCUACUCUGCGCGACCGGCUAGAUGCUCUGCCAGUGCACCAUGCGGCCCGAUCUGGCAAACUUCACUGUCUACGCUACCUGGUGGAGGAGGCUGCCCUCCCGGCCGUGGCCCGCGCGCGCAACGGCGCCACACCCGCCCACGACGCCGCCGCCACAGGCUACCUCUCCUGUCUGCAGUGGCUGCUCACACAGGGUGGCUGCAGAGUGCAGGAUAAAGAUAAUUCUGGUGCCACAGUCCUGCAUCUGGCUGCCCGCUUUGGCCACCCGGAUGUGGUGAACUGGCUUCUGCAUCACGGCGGUGCGAACUCAGCCAUCACCACAAACACAGGUGCCCUGCCUCUCCACUAUGCCGCCGCCAAAGGAGACCUUCCCUCCACGAAGCUUCUGGUCGAGCAUUACCCUGACGGAGUGAAUGCCCAAACCAGCAACGGUGCCACGCCCCUGUACCUGGCGUGCCAGGAGGGCCAUCUGGAGGUGACGAAGUACCUGGUACAGGAGUGCAGCGCAGACCCGCACGUGAGCGCCCAAGACGGCAUGACCCCUCUGCACGCCGCGGCGCAGAUGGGCCACAACCCCGUCCUGGUGUGGCUGGUGAGCUUCGCAGACGUGAGCUUGUCCGAGCAGGACCACGACGGCGCCACGGCCAUGCACUUUGCCGCUAGUCGCGGCCACACCAAAGUGCUUAGCUGGCUCCUGCUGCACGGGGCAGAGAUCUCGCAGGACCUGUGGGGCGGGACCCCACUGCACGACGCUGCUGAGAACGGGGAACUCGAGUGCUGCCAGAUCCUCGUGGUGAACGGCGCGGGACUGGAAGUCCGGGACCAUGAUGGGUACACAGCUGCCGACCUGUCUGAUUUCAAUGGCCACACUCACUGCUCCCGCUACCUACGUACCGUGCAAACCCUGAGCGUGGAACACCGAGUCCUGUCCCGGGAUCCGUCCACUGACCUGGAGGCGAAGCAGCCUGACUCCGGCAUGUCCUCGCCCAACACCACCAUGUCGGUGCAGCCGCUGAACCUGGACCUCGGCUCGCCCACCAGCACCCUCUCCAACUAUGACUCGGGCUCCUCCAGCCACUCCAGCAUCAAGGGUCAGUGCUCUACCCGAGGGCUUUCCAGUGCAAGAGCUGCAGAUUUACAGAGCUACAUGGAUAUGCUGAACCCAGAGCUGAGCAUGCCUCAGGGCAAAAUAGGGAAGCCUACACCACCACCACCACCGCCACCAAGCUUCCCUCCGCCGCCACCACCCCCAGGCACCCAGCUGCCCCCACCUCCACCAGGCUAUCCAGCUCCCAAUCCCCCUGUGGGGCUACCUGCAGAUAAUAUCUACAUGCAGACCAAGAACAAGCUUCGCCAUGUGGAAGUGGAAUCACGGAAGAAGGAGCUGAGCUCGAGCGACUCAGGAUUGCGAAGGCAGGACUCGGGGCUGCUCAGGCACAACAUCGGACUGCGCAGGCAGGACUCCGGCCGCAAGCAGCGCUCGUUCAGCAAACAGCCCAGCACGGGGGACUACUACCGCCAGCUGGGCCGCUGCCCGGGGGAUCCGCUGACCUCACGCCCGGGCAUGGCCCACAGUGAGGAGGCGGCGCUGCUCCCCGGGAACCACGUGCACAACGGCUGCUCAGCGGACCCCAAGACGUCUAAGGAGCUGCCGCCACCGCCGCCACCACCGCCGCCGCCACUGCCCGAGGCCCUGAGUUCGCCGCCACCUGCCCCACCUCUGCCCCUCGAGGGCGCGGUCGCAGGCUGCGGGCAGCGUCGUUCCUCGUCGUCUGCAGGCAGUACCAAAUCUUUCAACAUGAUGUCCCCAACGGGUGAUAACUCAGAGCUGCUGGCUGAGAUAAAAGCAGGCAAGAGCCUGAAGCCAACGCCACAGAGCAAGGGGCUGACCACUGUGUUCUCAGGCAGUGGGCAACCAGCCUCCCAGCCUGAGUCACCAUCACCUCAGCCAUCGCCACAGCCCUCGGUGUCACCUGCGCCAUCUCGAGCACGGAGCCCCACCCCACCGGCCUCUGGGCCUCAGCCGUUGCUCAAUGGCAGCAUAGUGCCGGCACCACCUGCCACCCCAGCACCAGGAGUACAGCUGGAUGUAGAGGCCCUCAUCCCUACGCUGGAUGAGCAGGGCCGGCCCAUCCCGGAGUGGAAGCGCCAGGUGAUGGUCCGGAAGCUGCAGCAGAAGAUGCAGGAGGAGGAGGAGCAGAGGAGGAAGGAGGAAGAGGAGGAGGCCCGGCUGGCUAGCCUGCCUGCCUGGAGGCGAGACAUCCUCCGGAAGAAGCUGGAGGAGGAGCGGGAGCAGAAGCGAAAAGAGGAGGAGCGGCAAAAGCAGGAGGAAAUGCAGCGGGCAAAAGAACAGUCUGAGAAGCUGCGAACACUGGGCUACGACGAGGCCAAGCUCGCACCCUGGCAGCGACAGGUCAUCUUGAAGAAGGGGGAGAUCCCUAAGUAAUAAGAGUCUCUUGUCCUCUUGCGUGUAGCCUCACCAGUUCUGAGAGAUGGGGAGCGGCCCCCCAGCCCCCGCCCCAUCCUGUCAGGUUGGUGCUGAAAGGGCUGGGAGCCUUGCCGCCCUUCCCUUCGGUGCCGGAACCCUCCCUGUUCCCCCUCCCUGGCCCCACAUCCCCAGCCCUGCUGCUGGAGUGCUUGCGCACUGCUGCUGUCGCCUGGAAAAAGUGCUCAAGCUGUUGACGCAAAAAGAAAAAAAGAAAGAAAAGAAAAAAGAUGCUGCUUAUUUGCAUGCUCACUUACAUAUAUUUGCAUGUUCGUCUACCUUGUGCUCAGCUCUCCCCAGUCCCGUGGGUGGUGACUUUUUCUGCAGGGCGCACACCCGGCUGCAGCCCCCUCCCCCACAUCCCGGAACCCACACUGCCAGCCCGUCCUGGGUGGAGGCAGACCCCGAGCUCGGGGAAGGGGUUUUCCUCCCUCCACAACCCAGAUCUGCGCUAGCCAAGGCCAGGCUGCAUUUCUCAUCCCCGGUGAGGGUUUCCUCUCAGUCAUUUGUUUACCAGAACCGAUGAAACUUGCCUGUCGGGGCGGAGCCACCGCUCCCAAGGGGCCCCAUCUUAACCCCCUACUCCAGUUAAGCCCUCCCAGUCCCCAGCCAGGACCUUCGCGCUCCCCUGACCUUUUCACUGCCCCAGUGGUGUAAGUGGAGGGUCAGGGACCCUGCACCUGGAGCCGCAACUAUUCCUGACCCCAUACCCCACCCCCUUCCUUCCCCAUUAAACCUCUAUCCGCCAA